AUGAGUCAAGUUGCCGGUAAAGGCAAGAGCUUAAUGAAAGCCUUGAGCGGGAAGGGGAACAAUCCGGAAGAUCCGGAUCGCAUUGGAGACCGAGAUGUCCUUGCUUCCGACCGUAGAAGAAAGCAGUUAGCUCGGCAAGCAGCGUUACAGCGGGAAGAAGAGAGACUGAGACGAGAAGCUGUUGCAGCUGGAGCCGGACCCUGUGGACCUACACGCGACCUCCAGCUAGCUCGUAGUACAUUGCCACAUGCCGACGACGAUGAUGACCACAACAACAAUCCCGAUAAUGUGGAUACUGACGAGGAGACGGAUGAAAAUGAUGAGCCACCAGAUGUAUAUCAGGAUCGUAGAGGUGGUCGUGCCUUACCCUUUCCGCAGCUGCCUGGUCCGGCGUACUUGGAGGGUCCGUGCGAGGGAGGGCCACAAAAUUACGAGUUUAUGCGAUGGUUUAGGUCGCAUAUAGCGAUGUACAUUUGGGAAGAAUAUGAGCGCCGUGAAACUACACGGUGCGAGUCGAGGACCAAAGCACUCGAGGACUACCGCGGCCCGCAGGAUAACACGAUGAUUGCGAGGCUGAAGGCAACAUGUCUUUACCACUUACGAGACUGUUUUCUGAAGAGGAUGAAUAAGAACCUCAUGUUAGCUUUCGUGGAGAGGUGGCAGCCGGAGACGAACAGUUUCCACAUGCCAUGGGGCGAGAUGACGAUCACGCUCCACGAUGUGGCUUUCAUCCAGGCGUUGCGGCUGGACGGACCGCCAGUAUCUGAAAUUCGCCCGGUAGAAGAGUGCUCACAGAGUCUUGCAUCUGUAUUGGGUGUCGGUCUGAUGGACACCAAUGAGAUGUUUCGAAACAAGGGAGUUGGUUGGUUUCAGGUGAGAGAUCAGUUGACCCUUCCCUCCACCGCAGACGAGAAGAAGAUGAAGGGCUACUUGAUGUUUCUGCUUGGGUCUGUUUUGUUUGUAGACAAAACAGCGUGUAACAUGAAGCCGUGGUGGAUCCAUUUUACCAACGAUCUCGAUAAUGUCGGCAAGUAUUCGUGGGCUUCGGCAUGCUUAGCAAACAUGUACCGCCAAUUGGGUAUUGCCACCUGCGCUGGGAUGAACAGUCUCUGUGGAUGUGUUAUUCUCCUUCUGUGCUGGAUCUUUGAGUAUUUCCCCUGCUUUCGACAACCUCUUUCCCGUUCAUAUGCCGAGUUUGAGCCUCGAUACAGAAGGUGGGCCCAUGGUGGAGGCAAUAAAACCACGCUGCAGGAAUGCCGGAAAAAACUCGACGCCAUGACCGAAAGAGAUGUGAGUAAUAAUUUUUAUAAUUAUGUCUAUAGUAGAGUUACGGAUUUUUCUAAUUAG